AUGGGAAUUCUCAAAUUGUCUUUCCUUGUCGCCGCGCUUGGCAUAUCUACUGCCGUGGCCGUUCCCACACACCAAGCUCAACAAUCAAAAUACACGGACUGGAAGACCUUCAAAGCAUACGGCGUCAACCUGGGAGGCUGGCUCGUCCAAGAAUCAACCAUUGAUACUACUUGGUGGGCUAGAUAUUCUGGAGGCGCGUCUGACGAGUGGGGUCUCUGCGAGAAUCUCGGAUCACAAUGUGGGCCAGUCUUGGAGCAUCGCUACGCGACUUGGAUUACCACAGCCGAUAUUGACAAGGCAGCCAAGUCGGGAAUCGCACUUUUGAGAGUCCCAACGACAUAUGCUGCUUGGAUCAAGCUCCCGGGUUCUGAACUCUACUCGGGCAAGCAGACUACCUAUUUGAAGAAGAUUGCGACGUAUGCUAUCAAGCGAUAUGGCAUGCAUAUCGUUGUCGAUGUGCAUGGUUUGCCUGGUGGAAUCAAUGGAUUGACUAUCGGUGAAGCUGCUGGUCAUUGGGGGUGGUUUCAUAACCAGACAAAUUUUGACUACUCGAUGAAAGUCGUUGAUGCGGUACUCUCGUUCAUCCAGAAUUCCGGAUACCCUGAAUACUUCACUUUUGAACCUCUCAACGAAGCAGCCGACAAUAAUGACUUGUCUGUAUUUGGUACAUCAGCAGCUCUUUCAUCAUCAGGUGCAAGCUGGGUGUUGAAAUACUACAAGGCUGUUCUCGAUCGCGUUGCCGCUGUCAACCAUCGCAUCCCAAUCAUGUUCCAGGACUGUUUCCAAGGAGAGAAGUUCUGGUCAGGAAAUUUUUCCAGAGGUGAUAACAUCGCCUUUGAUGUUCACAAUUACUAUUUUGCUGGCCGUGAAACCACAUCCAAGAACGAGCCAUCUUAUAUUUUCUCGGAUGCCAAAACGUCUCCAGGAGAUGGCAAAUUUCCUGUCUUUGUUGGUGAAUGGUCAAUACAAUCGCUUUACAACAACAGCUUUGCGCUGCGCGAAUGUAACUUCAACUUCGGACUUGCCGCAUUCCACAAGUAUACGCAAGGGGAGGCAUACUGGACGUGGAAGUUUUAUGGAAAUGCGACCGUCGAUGGCCAGGGCACCCAGGCUGACUAUUGGAACUACGAGUAUUUCGUUGAUCAAGGUUAUUUCCAUCCCGAGUCAGAGGUCUCAUACUGUUAG